AUGCAGGGUCCGCAGAGCUUUCAGUCGGAUCCCUCCAUGGCUAGCACUCUGCAGGGCCCGCCGACAUCCGCUCCGCUGAGCUACGGCGUCUACGGCAACCUGCAGGGCAUGGCCAGUGGAGGUGGCAUGAUGCACGGCGGAGAGUACGACAUACCGCAGGAGCCGGCGAUGGUCACUCACGCACCCGUCGCGCAGCUUCCGGCGACGUGGACGCGGUCACCGCAGGUCACCAGCCGCUCGGGUCGAUCCUCAAUGGCCCCUGCAGAAGUCGUCAAGCACGUGGAGCGGAAGAAGGUGGAGUAUCACACCAUUCUCCGCGAGCAGCCGCAAGUUGAGGUGGUGGAGAAGCACGUGGACGUUCCGCGCAUCGAGGUGCGCGAGCGAGUAGAGGAAGUGCCUCUUACACUCGUCCACGAGACCCUCGUCGAGGUCCCCGACGUGAGGCAGGAUGAGAUCAUCCGAGAGGUUCCGAAGGUGGACUACCACGAGUUGGUUAAGCAGAUCGAGCUUCCGGUGGCGCAAGGUCGGGAGCGUGUCUUGGAGGUCCCCAUGACGCUGAUUCAGGAAGCCUACGUGGAAAUCCCGCGCUACGAGCGCGUGGAAGUUCAGAAGCAGGUGGCCAAGCCCACCGUAAAGAAGGUCCCGAAGCAUGUGGAGAAGCCGGUGGUGCAGGUCCGCGAGCGAACGCAGCAAGUCCCCAGCAUCACGACGAAGCAGGAGCUGGUCGAGGUGCCUCGACCCGAGUUCAUGGAGAUGAUCAAGCAAGUCCCCGUUGAUGAAGUGCGUCAGAUUGAGAGGAAAGUCGACAGACCGCAGGUGCAGCUUGUCGAGCGUCCAGUGGAGGUGGUGCUCCACGAGAUCCACGACAGCAUCGUGGAGGUGCCGGAGAUAGAAUACCACGAGGUUAUCAAGGAGGUGCCUCGCGUGGAGAUUCAGUACGUGGACAAGCAGGUGGAGGUGCACAAGAUCGAAUACAUCGAGAAGGUGGUGGAAGUGCCUCAGAUCAUCUACGAGGAGCGUAUCAUUGAAGUGCCGGAGGUGGAGUAUCGGGAGGUCAUCAAGCAGGUGCCGAAGCCCGUAGUGCAGUAUGUGGACAAGGAGGUGCCGAAGCACACCAUGCAGUACUUCGAGAAGGUCACGGAGGUGCCAACCGUGAUUCAGCACGAGGUGCCUGUCGAGGUUCCCGAGGUCCACACAGUGGAGACCAUCACAGAGGUCCCGCGCCCACAGUACCAGGCCGUUCCCAAAGAGAUCCCGAAGUUCCACAUCGAAGUGCAAGAGAAGGUGGAAUCCCUCCAUGGGAUUCUACAGGAGGAGCGCGUUCUCCAGGUCGACAGAACCGAGAGGGUGGAGGUGAUUCGCGAGGUACCGAAGCCGAUUGUGGAAUACGUGAACAAAGAGGUCCCACGCUUCGAGACGCGGGCGGUCGAGAAGGUCGUCGAGGUGCCAACGGUGCUCCACCAGGAAAUCAUCGUGGAGGUGCCCGAAGUGCAGGUCGCCGAAGCGAUUCGGGAGAUGCCCAACGAGAUGACGCAGCAGGCCGUGAAGGAAGUUCCCAGGUAUGAGAUGGAGUACGUACAGAAGGAGCUUCAAGUCACGGGGUCCGUGCCAGCGAUGCCCAGUGCAAUGCCCACUGUGACGUCGCCGCAGACGUACAGCCGCGCGAUCUCUACGCCCAUCACCGUCGGCCCGCCGGUUCUUGGGCCUGCAGUGGCCGUGGGGCCUCCUGUUCGGGGCCCUCCCGUCACCGGCGCUUCGGUGACCACCGGCCCUCCCGUAGCUGUAGGGCCGCCGGUGGCCAUGGGCCCCCCGAUCCAAGUCGGCGCGUCUGUGGCCGUGUCCGCACCGGUUCGGACGGCCUCGCAAGUGGUGUCGCCGGUCCCGACGUACACCGGAAGGCCCAGUGUUGUGGUCGCACCGGGGCAGAUGGCUGCCGGGGCGAUGACAUACGCUGCAAGGCCCUCGACCGUCGUCACGACGGGGCAGAUGGUCGCAGCUCCGACCCAGACAGUCGUUACGACGGGGCAGAUGGUCGCUGCAGCUCCGCCCUCGCGAAUCGUCACGACGGGGCACAUGGUCGGGGCAGCUCAGCCUGCGACGGUGGUGACACAAGGGCAGAUGUACGCCGCAGCUGAGCCUGCUGUUGUCACGACGGGGCAGAUGGUCACCACCGCCCCGACUUUGGUACGAUCUGUCGCCUCCUUCCCGGUGCAGACGCAGACAGUUGCAGGAACGCAGUCUGGGAUGGACCUCUUCGACCGCCUCGAUGUGAACAAGGAUGGAGCGAUCUCGCGCGAGGAGUUUCAGGCGGCCAUGCAGGGGCUUCGGUGA